GCGCAGAGCCCGGGCGGACCGGGGGGAUUGGGGCGGGCCGGGGGUCCGGUUCGGGGUCCCGGUUCGGGGUCCCGGUUCGGGAUCCCGGGGGCGGAGCCUCAGGGGAGAAGGGGCGGUGCUUGAUGGGGUGUGGUCCAAUUGCCCCGCCCUCUUCGGCGCUGAUUGGCUGCCGCGACUGUUACGUGCGGCGGGGCGGGGCCGCGGCGAUGGCGGCGGCGGCGGCGGCGGCGGGCCCGGCGCGGCGGCGGCGGCCGGAGCGGGAGGAGGCGGCGGAACCUCCCCCGAGCCCCACCGGGUCGCCCAAGUGCUCCGGUACCGGGCCCGGGCUGGCGCGGCGGCUGCUGGGCUUCGAGCUGCGGGACCUGACGCGAUGGCAGCGCUUCGUGCGGCUGCUGCACCGGCCGCAGGACCCCGCCGCCCUCGGGGCUUUCCGCGCAGCCUUCGGGCUGCUGAUGGCCCUGGACGUGCCGCAGGAGCGCGGCCUCGGGCACCUGGACCAGCGGUACCUGGACGGGCUGGAGGUGUGCCGCUUCCCCCUGCUGCCCUUCCUGGCGCCGCUGCCCCUGGACUGGAUGUACCUGCUCUACACCGUCAUGUUCCUGGGAGCGCUGGGCAUCAUGCUGGGCUGCUGCUACCGGCUGAGCUGCGUGGCGUUCCUGUGCCCCUACUGGUACCUGCUGCUGCUGGACAAAACCUCCUGGAACAACCACUCCUACCUCUACGGGCUGCUGGGCUUCCAGCUGGCACUGCUGGGCGCUGACCGCUACGGCUCCGUGGACGGGCUCUUCCGGCCCCGGAAGCGGAACGCCCACGUGCCGCUGUGGAACUACGCCCUGCUGCGUGCCCAGGUGGGUGUCCCUGCCCCAGGACCCCCCCGGGACCCCCCCCCGGGACCCCCCCGGGAGGGGGGCACAGGGGGUGGGUUUGGGGUGAGGAUGAGGAGGGGCACAGGGGGUGGGUUUGGGGUGAGGAUGAGGAAUGUGACGCCCAGCAGGAGGAAGGUGAGGGAGGUGAUGGGAUGGGGCUGGGGCGGGGCCGAUGCCGAGGAAGGCUCCGUGGCCAGGCUGGUGCUGUCGGAGGAGCUGACCAGCCGGCUGGUGGUGCACGGGGGGGGGCUGGUGCUCGACCUCUCCGCCGGCUUCCUGCUCUUCUUCGACGCCACGCGGCCCCUCGCCCUCGUCUUCGUCACCUACUUCCACUGCAUGAACUCCCAGCUCUUCAGCAUCGGCAUGUUCUCCUACACCAUGCUGGCCACCAACGGGCUCUUCUGCCGGCCCGAGUGGCCACGGGGGCUCGUGGCCCGCUGCCCCCCCCGGCUGCAGGCCUGGCUGCCCAGCACCAAGCCCCCCCAGCCCAGCCCCGACUGCCACUACGGGGGCCGGAGGGCCCGGGGGGGCCUUCGGCCUCGGCAGCACUUGGCCGCAGCCUUCACCAUCCUCUACGUGCUGGAGCAGCUCUUCCUGCCCUACUCCCACUUCAUCACCCAGGGCUACAACAACUGGACCAACGGGCUCUACGGCUACUCCUGGGACAUGAUGGUGCACUCCCGCUUCCACCAGCACGUCAAAAUCACCUACAGGGACGGGCUCACCGGGGAGGUGGGCUACCUGAAACCAGGGGCGUUCACGCAGAGCCGGCGCUGGCGGGACCACGCCGACAUGCUGAAGCAGUACUCGGCCUGCCUGAGCCGGCUGCUGCCGCGCUACAACAUCAGCCAGCCCCAGAUCUACUUCGACGUCUGGGUGUCCAUCAACGAGCGCUUCCAGCAGAGGCUUGUGGACCCCCGGGUGGACCUGGUCCGUGCCCCCUGGUCCCCGUGGACCCCCACGCCGUGGCUGCUCCCGCUGCUCGUGGAUCUGUCGCCGUGGCGCCAGCGGCUGCAGGAGCUGGAGGCACAGCUGGACGGACACACGGACACCGUGUUCAUCGCAGACUUCCCCGGCCUGCACCUGGAGAACUUUGUGAGCGAGGACCUGGGCAACACGAGCCUGCGGGUGCUGCGGGGGCAGGUGCUGGUGGAGCUGGUGGAGCAGCAGCAGAACCACUCUCUGCAGGAGGGUGAGGCCAUGCAGCUGCCGGCGGGGCAGUACCACAAGGUGCACACGGUGUCCCCCGAGCCCUCGUGCUACAUGUACCUGUACGUGAACACCACGGCGCUGGAGCUGGAGCAGAAGCUGACGCGGCUGCGGGAGCUGCGGGAGCGCGUGCGCAACGGCACCGAACAGUCCCCGCUGCCCCCCGAGCUGCGUCCCCUGCUGGGGGAGCCCCUGCCCGCGGGGGCCCCUCUGGACCCGCUGGUGUCGCUGUUCCUGCGGCGGGAGCAGCGCCAGCAGCGCCGCGAGCGCCAGUCCAGCCCGGCCCAGCGCCUGCGGCGCUUCCUCCGCAGGAAGUUCUUCCUCUUCCGCCGCAGUGCCCUGAUGACGCUGAUCGCACUGCGGAACCUGGCGCUGGGCCGCCCGUCCCCGGAGCGCCUGGCACAGGAGGUGGCCUUCGCCAGCUGGCGCGGGGAGGAGGAGGAGGCUCAGCCCGAGGCCGACGGGGGGGCCCAGAGGGGCCCCGAGCUCUGAACACCCCAAAUAAAUGCAGUUUUGUAAGCCAGAAAUGCUCCCGUGCCUCAGUUUCCCGCGGUGCCCCAGAUCUGUAACCACCCCCCUGCCCUGUGCCCCUUUCCCUCCAUCCCUCCGCUCCCCAGCCACGUUCCCUUCCUGCUUCCUCCAUCCCAUCUCCCCCUGUGCCCGUAUCCCCUCACACCCUGCUUUCCCCCGAGCUCACUUCCCCCACAUCUGUUUUCCCAUUCCUCAGUAUUUCCACAAAACCCCAUUUCCCCCAUACCUGCUGUCCCAAUGUUCAUUUCUGCCUUGUACUCCACUUCCCCCACUCCCAAAUCCCCCCCCAUUCCAGGACCGCGUGCCUCAGUUUCCCCCGUACCUUUUCCCCCCCCCACACUUUCUCCUUAUCUGCUCCCCCACAUCCCACUUUCCCUUGUACCCCAAUUUCUCCAUCUGCAGUGCCUCAGUUCCCAAAAUCCCUCAGAGCUUCCCCCUGCACCCGUGCCCCCCACACACUCCAGGUGGCUCCGUCUAACCCAUCGCUUUUAUUGAGAUUCUUUUCUUUUCGAGUUCAUUUUUGGAUUCAGUGGAUCAAAACAUUCGGACGAAACCUCCCGAAAAUAGUAAAACCAAGAAGAAGAAAAAAAAAAAAAA